UUCGUCUUUUGACAACAUCCUUCUCCUUUCCAGUUUUCCCAAACAGUUUGUGCCCUAAUGACCACGGCGGUCCUCCGAUCUCAGGAUUGCCUGAGAAAUCGCCACCAUCUCGAUGCCUUCAAAUCAUCCCCUCCGCUUCCCGUGAAACACCGCCGCAAGAAAUCGCCACGGCCUUCUCCUUCUUCCUCUCUUCCAUCCUUCUACCCAGUUCUUCCUCCAAAAUCUUGUCGGUGUGGAUCUGGCCCCCGUGCUCGCUCUCCGUCUUCUCAGGCCCCGAAAUCAGGUAGAUCAGCGAACGCGCCUCUCGAUCCACGAAGAUCGACGCAUAUGCGCACUGAUGGGCUGGGCCUAGAAGCCGCGCCGCGCCCGCGGAAGCCUCUUGUGAUGCAGGAAGUAAGGAUCUUGAAGCGAGGAGAGGAGCUGAAGCUGGGCGCGUUUCCUACCGUCGCUCUGAGGCCGGGGGUCGAUGGUUCGACCCUUUGCUCUACGGUUCGGUUAGCUAAGCUCCUAACAAAUAAGGUUUCCUUCGUCGCUCGGGCGUCCCCGUACGCCGGGCCGGCGUACUUUACUGCAUCCCCCGCUCCUAGUUCUCUCCCUUUUCCUUCUUUUUUCCUAAAAAAGGCUGAUGGUAUCUCAGUCAACAACGAACUUGCUUCAAGGAUCCUUAAGGAGAGCGUUGGAGUAUACUAAUCGACCUGGAUUCCAAACAGUGGUCGGUAAGAUGCAAUCUUAGUGGCGAAAGGCUCCGUUUUAAUGAUGAAAGUAUGUGGAGAUGGUGAUUUAGGUCAUAAGCCCUUAUAUGGAAAAAAAGAGAAGAUAGUAGUAUGGUGGCUCUUGACAAGAUUCACUUUCAGGUAGUUUUCUUCCAUAGACUUCUCUGGUUACUUAUCUUCCUCUAUUUUUUCAAAAGGAAGAUGUGAUUUGGAGAAAUUUAGGCCUACAACUGCUACCACCACCACCAUCGUAACUCUUUCCUAUUACUACCACCACCACCACAACUCUUCUACUACUAGUACGAAUACUAGCGUUACUACUACUCCCACCAUCAUAACUCUUUCCUUCUACCAGUACUACUAGCACUACUGCUCCUCGAACUGUUGUACUAUUAGUGUUUCUACCGGCUCUAGUACGUUUACUGCUAAGACUAUUACCACCAUCACAACUUAAGUUCCAUCAUAUAUUAGCACUCUGUCAAGAUUUCCAUCAAUAUUGGGUGGUAUCAUGCUUUGAUAUUGGUAGGGAAGAUGCAGGUGUAUACAUGAUAUCCUAUGUUUUUAAGUUCAAGUAAGGUUUGUUUUACGUAGAUGGUUGUGUUCAUUUUUUUUCUUCUGAAUGUUGAAAUGUCAUAUAAGCUUAAAUGCUAAUACUUGUAUCUGUUUGCUUCUGUAUACAUUUCUAUAUGAUGUUUUAUUGAGUAUAAUUUAUGUUC